AUGAAUAAUAAUAAGGAUAUUAAUAAUAGUAUAGCAAAGUUUAAAAAAUUAUAUUUAGAUUCUUUGGAGGAUGCUUUCAGUGUUGGAAAUCUUCAGGCAAUAAAUCAUAUUCAUAAUACACUUGCUAAAGAAAUAGAUUAUUCCAAAUACGCUAAAAAGGAAUACUUAUCAAAGAUCUAG